AUGCCCUGCCCUACCCUGCGUCGUGCCGCCCCGCGCACGCCCUGCCCUACCCCGCGUCGCGCUGCCCCGCGCAUGCCCUGCCCUGCCCCGCGUUGCGCCGCCCCUGCAGCCCGCGCGGCACCCCUGCAGCCCGUGCACCGCUCCUACAGCCCGUGCGUCACCCUCUGCAGCCCGCGCGUUGCCCCUGCAGCCCGCGCGCUGCCUCUGCAGCCAGCGCGCCGCCCUUGCAGCCCGUCGCAUCGCCCUAGGGCCCCUCGCGCGCCGCCCUUGCAGCCCGCGAGCCGCCUCUGCAGCCCGCGCGCCGCCCUGCUGGCCGUGCGCCGCCCCUGCCUGCAUGCGCGCCGCCCCUGCCUGCACGUGCGCCGCCUCUGCCUGCCGCACGCCACCCUCUCCAGCCCAAACGCUGCCCUGCUGGCCGCGCGCCGCCCUUGCCUGCCCACGCGCCGCCCUCUGCAGCCCGCGCGCCACCCUGCUGGCCGCGCGCCGACCCUGGCAGCCUUCGCGCAGCCCUGCAGCCCGCGCGCCGCCCUUGCAGCCCGCGCGCUGCCCCCUUGCAGCCCCGCGUGCCGUCCUGCCUUUCCGUGCGCCGCCUCUGCUCUAGUCGCACGCCGCUCUUCCCUGACCGUGCGCCGCCUCGACCUACCCUAG